CUCCGGCUCAAGCUAGGUAGCUCUAUCUCUUGCGGAUCCUGUAGCGUAGACCGGCAGUGUGUGUUCUUUUUUGUUGACUGAAGACUCGAAGUUUGCUUCCAUUGGCAAAGGAGUGUUUGCUGUGACCUUAACUCGUUCUUCCAAUCAUAUCAAGAUGUCUUCGCAAACGGUCGUGUGUGGCAAGUGCAACACCACUCUUGGUGUACCGCCGGGACACCAGGGUCUGCUGACCUGUGGAAACUGCCAGACUACUCUGCAGGUGUCUGCAAACAACCCGCCUGCCUACAAUGCUGCCCCGGCCCCGGCCGCGGCCGGUCCGUCGACGGUGGUCGUGACAACAACUGGGGGCGGGGGGUGUGCUAACUGCGGAGGAGCUCUGGGCCCACCCCAGUGGACGGCAACUGCUUGGCUGCUCUGCCUGUGCUUCUUCCCGUGGAACUUCUGCAUUCCCGGCUGUCAGCCAUCGGAGCAGCGCUGUACUCGCUGCGGCCAUGUCAAGUUCGUUGACAUGUAGGCACCGCCGCUGGCACCGUUCUAGCCGACACUACAAGAAUGCAGGCGCAUAGUCGGUCGGUUAGAGCAUGCGUACGCGUGUGCAGCGAGCCGUCCAGCCCAGCUCCGUGCCUCCUCGUUUUGCCCGUUAUUGCUUGCUUUUUUGGUUCCAGCGAAAACCAGUGCCCGUCCUUCCUUUCAUGAACGCUUUAGGGAUGUUUGUGCAGCUAUACUUGCUCCAAUAUCUGUCUCCUUCUCUCCUCUUCUUGAUCAGUAUCGGCUGUGCCCUCUGUUUUGAAUUAUUUGGCUUGCUGAAUGCAAUCCCAAUAAAUUUGUCUUCUGCUUGCUUGCUUGCAGCUUCUUGCUACUGUUUUUUUUUACUGAAACGUACUUUUAUGCAUUAAAAAUUGAAAUUCAUUCUAUACUUCGGCUCAGGAGGCUGGGUUUUAUUCUCUCUCAAAACCUAACGCUUUUUAUCGUCAAUGUGUAUCAUCAGCUCUCUUGUUGUUGUCGCAAAGCACAAGGCUUGCCACUGGCAUUCCCUUUUACAAUUGGUUACGUUUACAAUUAGGUCGCUUGCAAAUUAUUUGAUUUCUUCCUCACUCUCGGUCUCAACUUUGAAUUUUGUGUGAGCAGGACGAUUCACCAACGUA